AUGAAAAAUAAUAUUAUGAAAAUUAGUUUUGCUCUUUUGUUUUUAAGUUCUUAUUUUAGUGAAAUAAAUGGAAAUGUUACAAAUAAAAAUAAAUAUAGAUUAAGAAGCUAUCUUACUAAAAAUGAAGAUUUAAAUAACACUUCAUAUAAUGGAAAUAUACAUGGGGAAUCUGAGGAUGCUAUAUCUGUGGGUGACACGACACAGACACUUAAAAAUGGUGAAUCGGGUACUCAAGGUUCUAGUAAUCUUCCUCAGGGUAAAAGCUUGCAAUCCACUGAUACAAACCAUUCACAAGAUGGCCAUACUGAGGAUUCAUGUGCAGAGUGUGGAAGAGGAUGCACUGAAGGUUGUGAAGGUUGCCAUGAUGCAUCUUGCCUAGAAUGCCAUGAAGGUUGUGAAGAUUGUCCAGAUUGCCAUGAUGAAUCUUGUCUAGAUUGCCAAACAGAAUGUACUGAUGCUUGUCGAGAGGAAUGCGCAAAGAUUAAAACUGAUACUGUCCACCGCGAUGGAGAAAAUGUUCAAGCCUGCACACAAUGUACUACUAAUGAUCCAAAUUGUGAGGAGUGUAAAAAAAUAAUCACUACCAGACAACCAGAAACACCUAAUUCUGGGAUUGAAGCGGAGCCUGCAUCAGUAGUUCAAAAUGCGAUAGAAGAUAUAACAAAUGAUACGAAAACCAUGCCAGAUGAAAAUGAAGCAGUAUGUGAUGAACAAUUGGAUGAAGGUGGUGAUAAUGAAGAAGAGGAAGAUAUUGUAGAUAGUGAAGAUAUUGAAAUUAUUGAACAUACCGGGGAUAUUGAAGAUAGUGAUGAUAGUGAAGAAUUAGAGUUAGAGUUAGAGUUAGAGUUAGAAGAGGCUAUAGACAUGAGUAGGGAUGGGCAAGAAGAAAAUGAAGGCGAAACCGGAACAACCACAACAAAUGAACAGAGAAAUAAUCAUAAUACAAAUACGAAUGAAGUGACUGAUAAUAACCAAACUAAUAAUAGUAAUAAUACUAAUAAUAAUAACAAUGGUAAUCAUUUUAUUAUAAAAGAAUAUAAAGGAAACCACGAUGCUAAAACUGAAAAUGAAAAUAUUUUGAAUAAUGCUUUAAGUGAUAUUGACGAUAAUCAAUUUUCUAGCGAUAUUCAAGAUUUCGCACAAGAUAUAAAUGAAUAUGUCUUGAUGGAAGAAGAUAUUUGA